GAUGCUGCUGUUCAGCUCCGCAGCGGCGAAGAGCGGAGAAGCAGCGGCUGUAACACGCGCUGAGGCUGAGCCGAUGACAAUGUAUUUGCUGCUUUUUGACAGAAACUAACGAUGUGAUAUAUAUAUAUAUGAGAGGAAUAAAAAUGGGCCGUCAACAAUGCUAGGACUAUCAUGGGCAGUGUUACUUUACGGUACUUCUGCUAUGGGUGUCUCUUCACGUCUGUGACCUGGACCAUUCUCCUUUUCAUUUAUUUCAACUUGAAUCUUGACGGCUAUACCUUCAGCAAUGUGCCCUUCCAGGGGAACCAGUGGGUGCAGUGGAAAUUCCAGCCCAGAUUUACACAAGGCCCUCAACAACUGCCUGGAUCACAGCACCGAGGCAGUGAGGGCAAUCAGAUUCCAAAACUCAGGCGUGAAAACAUGGUGAAGAAAACUGAGCUCUCUCCAGAACUUGGUAUGAUUUUCAAUGAAGUAGAUCAAGAGCUUCGUGAUUUGGGCUACCAGAAACAUGCUUUCAACAUGCUGAUCAGCAAUCGUUUGGGCUACCGCAGAGAUCUUCCCGACACCAGAGACAAGAAGUGCAAACUGAAGAGGUACCCAUUGAACUUACCUUCUGCAAGCAUUAUUAUUUGUUUUUAUAAUGAAGCUUUAUCAGCGCUGCUGCGAACAGUACAUAGUGUGUUGGAUCGUACUCCCGUUGACUUGCUGUAUGAAAUUAUCCUUGUGGAUGACCAUAGUGAUUUUGGUGACUUAAGAGAUGAGCUUGGGCAGUACAUUCAGAAAAACCUAUUUAACAAAGUGAAACUUGUAAGAAAUUCUGUCCGAGAGGGACUAAUACGUGGUCGAAUGAUUGGAGCAUCUCACGCAACAGGGGAUGUACUGGUGUUCCUCGAUAGUCACUGUGAGGUGAAUGAGAUGUGGUUACAACCUCUUCUGGCUCCAAUUAAAGAGAACCGCAAAACUGUGGUGUGUCCAGUGAUUGACAUCAUCAGCGCUGACACAUUAAUCUACAGCUCUUCGCCUAUUGUGAGGGGAGGGUUUAACUGGGGAUUGCACUUCAAAUGGGAUCCUGUGCCUGCCUCAAUGCUGAAUGGACCAGAAGGACCAACAGCACCAAUUAAAUCACCCACAAUGGCGGGGGGACUAUUUGCAAUGGACAGGAAGUACUUCAAUGAACUUGGGCAGUAUGACAGUGGCAUGGAUAUUUGGGGAGGAGAAAACCUGGAAAUAUCCUUUAGGAUCUGGAUGUGUGGUGGGCGGCUGGAAAUAAUUCCUUGUUCUCGGGUUGGACAUAUAUUUCGUAAGCGGCGGCCAUACGGCUCCCCUGGAGGGCAGGAUACAAUGGCACACAAUUCUCUACGCCUGGCACACGUUUGGAUGGAUGAGUAUAAGGAACAAUAUUUUGGCCUAAAACCUGAACUAAGACUUCGAAGUUAUGGUGACAUUAAUGAGCGUAUACUACUGAGAAAAAGGCUGAACUGUAAAUCCUUCAAGUGGUAUCUAGCGAAUGUCUACCCGGAGAUGCAGGUUAUUGGACCAAAUGACAGAGCCAAAGUGCAGCAGCCAAUGUUUGUUAACAAAGGUCUGAAAAGACCAAAAGUAAUGCAACGUGGAAGGCUACGCCAUCUACAGACAGGUAAAUGUCUCGCUGCCCAGAACCAUCCGAGCCAGAAAGCAGGAAUAGUGGUGGUGAGACAAUGUGACUACUCGGACUCAGAUCAGAUUUGGAUUUAUGAUGAAGAACAUGAGCUAAUUCUGGCCAACCUUCUCUGCUUGGAUGUGUCGGAGACGCGUUCAUCAGACUCUCCACGCCUCAUGAAAUGCCAUGGCUCUGGGGGAUCGCAACAGUGGACGCUGGGGAUUAACAAUCGCAUAUACCAAGUAUCAGCUGGGCAGUGCCUUAAGGUGGCAGAUCCUUCCAGCCUCAAAGGGUAUGUUGCCGUGGCGAUUUGUGAUGGCUCUGCUUCACAGCAAUGGCAGAUAGAGAACUGAUGGUACAAAAGAGUCGACCACAAUGUUUUAUGAAGAGCUAGUCUAAAUCGCUGCUUUGAUUGAAAUGUUUCCAUUGAAGACAUCUCUAAGUAACAACAAAAUGGCAAUUACCUUUAAAUAGAGGACCGGAUGUCGGUUAAAAGUUUUUAACUGUCUGGUUUUAAUGAUUUAAGAUAGUAAUUUUAUCACAAAAUAUUUUUCUAUUAUAGCCUCUAGAACAUUGUUUUAUGGACAUCAUGAAGAGAUGAACAGCUUUAAACAUGCGAAAAGCAGUAAAAGAAUAAAUAUUGAUGAUUGUUAUUUAUGAUUUAUUUCCGUUCGUUAGGAUGAUGAUAUACAGAUGACUUUUUCCCGAGCUUGCCGGGAUUGUAUCAGUUUAUAUGCAUGUUAAAUGUCCCCGGUUUAAAAGUUUCAGAGAAUUUGCAAUAAUGUGAAUGUGGACAUGAAUAGAGCCACUUGAGACUGAAUGUUUUUAUCAUGUAUGAUUAUGUGCGUAUGGAUGUGUUUAAAUUGUUACUAUCUAGUGUGCAUUAUAUAUUUUUUUUUAAAAAUCAAUGAACUAAAUUAUCAGAAAUGUUCAUUGAAUUUCAGUAAAUUGUGCCAGUAGAAAAUAUUUGAAUAUGGAUAAAGGUCUUGACAACAGAUGGGCACCACUAGUCUCAUUUUAUGUCAAACAAUAACAUUGCACUUUGAGACGUCCUCCUGACGUGAAAGGUGCUAAA